AUGGCCGUGCCCUGGGCUUUGCCCGCGCCCCUCAGCCCGGCGCAGCUAAAGCGCCUGGAGCAGCAUCGCUACAGCGCGGCUGGGCGUUCGCUAUUGGAGCCGUGGUUGCAGCCCUACUGGGCCUGGCUGGUGGAGCAGGUCCCGCUGGGGCUGGCCCCCAACGCCAUCACCCUGGGCGGCCUCCUGCUGAACUGCUUGACGGCGCUGCCGCUCAUCGCCUGCUGCCCCAGCGCCACCGAGCAGGCACCUUCUUGGGCAUACAUCCUGGGUGCAAUAGGACUUUUUAUCUACCAGUCUCUGGAUGCCAUUGAUGGGAAGCAAGCCAGAAGAACAAACAGUAGUUCUCCUCUAGGAGAACUCUUUGAUCAUGGUUGCGACUCAAUUUCCACAGUGUUCGUUGUCCUUGGAGCCUGCAUAGCAAUCCAACUAGGAACAAAUCCUGACUGGUUGUUUUUCUGUUGUUUUGUGGGACUGUUCAUGUUCUAUUCUGCUCACUGGCAGACAUACGUAUCAGGCAUACUAAGGUUUGGAAAAAUUGAUGUAACUGAAGUUCAGAUAGCCAUAACAAUGCUGCUCUUAAUGUCUGCAUAUGGUGGAACAGCAGUAUGGGACUAUCAGGUCCCUUUGGUGGGCUUAGAACUGAAGUUCUUGGCAGUUUUUGGCAUACUGUGUGGAACAGCACUUUCUUUUUUCAAUUACUUCCGUGUCAUCUUUGGUGGAGGGGUUGGAAAGAAUGGAUCUACAAUAGCAGGAACAAGUGUUCUUUCACCAGCCCUGCAUAUUGGACUACUUAUCACAUUUGCCAUUAUGAUCUAUAAGAAGUCUGCAACUCAGCUGUUUGAAAAGCAUUCUUGCCUGUAUGUCUUGACAUUUGGAUUUGUGAAUGCUAAAAUCUCACAGAAGUUGGUGGUGGCUCACAUGACAAAAAGUGAAAUCUGUCUUCAGGAGACUGCAUUUAUUGGGCCAGGACUUCUGUUUUUGGACCAAUACUUCAACAGUUUCAUUGACGAAUACAUUGUUCUAUGGAUAGCAUUGUUCAUAUCCUUGGUUGAUAUGCUGAGAUAUGCCACUGGUGUAUGCCUGCAGAUUGCUGCUCAUCUUCAUAUACAUGUCUUCAGAAUUUCAUCUCAUCAAGCUCCUGAACAGGUACAAGUUGUUUCUCCAGUGAGCCAUCAGAAUAACAUGGACUGA